CUCUCUCUCUCUCUCUCUCCGUUAAUCUAUCCAUCGGCCUUUUUGGCUUUCUUUGGUUCUGUCACUUACUGAUCGGAGACGAGGAACCCUAGAAAUAUUAACAACCUCGUUUGAUAACUGAUCGGAGAUCGGAGAGAAGGAAUUCCGUUUCACUCAUUGGCCGCAGGAUAAACAACAGAAGAUGGGUUUUUGGACUUUACUCGAAGGCCUUCUGCUGUUUGCAAAUGCUUUGGCGAUUCUGAAUGAAGACCGGUUUCUUGCUCCAAGAGGGUGGACUUUGUUAGAAGUACAAGGAGGAGGAAGGAGAAAUUCAUUGAAGGGACAGAUCAUAGGGCUUAUACAUGCAUGCCAGUUCUUGAGACUACCACUCAUACUUUUUAAUAUUGUAAUAAUUGUUGUGAAGAUGUUUUCUGGAUGAGGCUUUGAUCAUUUGCAACAGAAACUCAAAACAGGUGUGUACAUUGUGCCUGCAACUUUGAGGGAGAGUGUGUUUGAUAGACAUAAUUCAGUGGGUUGAUCCCAAAUUUCAGUGAAAUGCAUAAUCAGUCUAUAUUUAAUCUCAUUGUUGUAUCUGAAUGUUAUAUAUUUACAAAGUUGACCAUUUUCUUAAACCA